AUGGCAACAGCCCCCGGCACUGGAGAACCUUUGACCCCGGCAGGCACUACCAGGGUGGACUGGGCCAAACUGUUCUUUGAAAUGGCUACCAUGACCAAAUUGUUGUUUGAAAAAAUCCCCAAACAAACCAUCCAACAACCCCCACCAACUGUUUUAUUACGCCAAAAAACCAGUAGCCUUGGUGUGUUUAUCCAUUAA